AAUUUAUGUAGUCGCCAUAUUAGCGGCACGCGGUGAACCAGUUUCUUAUAAUAUUUUCGUCGGUAUCGACGAAAGGGAGUAGAAUCUACUCCCUUUUUUGUGUAAAAAGCUUUGCAACAACCCAUUACCGCUAGGUAAAGUGUAUUUCUACAAAGGAUUAUUUUUUUCCUUGUGUCGGAUUAUAAACAUGGCUUUCUAAAAUGUCGCCCUUUUACGUAAAAUCGUCAUCUCCUCGGGGAGCAUCCCGCUCAGCUGUUUUUGUGGAUGUUGGAAGAAUCCAAAAUGGACAAGAAAUCUAUCAAUCGCUCAUCUCAGCUACAAUCGAGGGCUUCGGCCGUAGAUGGUAAAAAGAGUACGGAAUUGACGCAUAAACCUUGGCUAAGAAACAACAAGAAACGCGAAGGUCCUGGAAGCGCUCCUAAAAAUGAGCCGAAUCGGAAGAAUGUACCAGUGCAGAGGGGUCGGGGUCAAAUUGACCGGAGACCUCGGGCUCGAGGGUCCCCCAACUACGCUAUGGGUGGAGCGGAGAUCGCCAGGUUAGGAGAAGAUGAGGACCCUGAAAUAGGGUCUGUGUAUGCACCUGGAAGCAAGAAGCAAAACUGGAACCAUUUGCUGAACUUCAUGUAUACUCCCCGUGGGGGUACAGACAGGAGAGAUCCUGCACCGCGUCGUCCGGGAGUCCAGAGAACUGCUCAUCCUCGGCAUAGUCAUGAUCUCUACCUGCGUGCUUAUUGCCAGUUUGUGGUGAAAGAGGAUGGUGACUACAGGGCUAACAUACUGGAUCCUGAUGUGCCUAUCAAGUGGGAGCAAAUUGAAGAAAUUGUGGUCAGAAGCACCGGGAGCACUGAGUGCCCCAUCUGCCUCGGAGCUCCUGUAGCAGGCCGCACCGGCCUCUGUGGUCAUGUCUACUGCUGGCCGUGCGUCAUGCACUAUGCUGAGACUCACGAGAAACAACCUCCUCCAUGCCCAGUCUGUCAUGCUCCUCUGCAGGUCAAAGAUAUGAAGCCAACAAGGGUGGUGCAAUGGGAAUCACCUGCAGAGGAGAUAAGCAUGCGUUUGGUGCGGCGCUUGCGCGGCUCUACUGUUGUGGAAGUGGCGCCACCACGGGGACAGGCGCGGGACACGGCGGAGGCGGUGCUGCCGCUUGACUGUAUCAAUGAUGCACCAUACGCCAAGUUCUUCGCUGCUAAUAAACAACAGGUACAUGACAUUGUGAAGAGAGAAAGGAAAGAAAUUGAAAACCAAAUAUUAGCAGAGAUAGAUACAACUGAAAUUGUUUUCAUGGAACAAGCAUUAGAGAUGCUCAGGGUGAAAGAGGAGUCAAUUAAUUUACAAUGUGAUGUCACUAAGAUUAAAGAAGAGGUCUUAGAUGAAGCUCCAACGGUAUACGAAAAGCAGGAAGUUAAUCAAAACAGGGUCGAUUGGUUUGAUGUGAAUGAAGAGGGUGCUGCCUGUAUAGAUAUUGUGCAAGAACAAAUGCAGAAUUUAGAAGUGACUGAUAAUGGGUCCGGAUUAAAUCCGGAGGCACCUGAGUUCAAUAUAGAUAAUGUAAAUGAAAAUCAACCUGAGGAGUUUCCAUUGAUUGAUGAAGCUGAUACUGAAGAGUCCAAAGAUAACUGUUUAACUGAUGCUGACAAGCAGAAUCAAGCAAAGUACUUCUACUUUUAUCAAGCUGCCGACGGCCAACAAGUGUUCCUGAACAGCCUUAACGUGCGGAUGCUAAACGCAUCAUGGGGUGCACUAGCGGCCGCUCCAAUAACCAUCGUCGGUCGCGUGCUGCAUCGCGAAACAUUGUCACUUGUUGAACAGACCAGAAAACACAUGCCCUACGCCGCUCACUUGCCGCUGAAUUGCUCCUUUGAUAUAGUGGAAAUAGACCUCAAUCCACCUUACGUCACCGAGGCGGCGAUUAAAAACUUUUCAGAGGAGCUCGACCGUCGCGCCCGUCAGCGCUCGCGUUUGGCGCGCUCGGAGCGGCGCCGCGAGCGCGCCUGGCGCCGCGCCGCCGAGGGCCCGCCGCGGCCGGACGUGUGGUCGGAGCUGCAGUUCCCGCCGCCGCUCAGCAGCCCGCCCGCCGCCGAUCCGAUCUUGGUGCCGCCCGACCCCGCGCCGUCACCGACCGAUGCGCCCUCCUCCUCGGGUUUAUCUUUUGCUAAGAUGGCAGGCACCUCCGGUACCUGGCGAGUGCGACGCGUGUCCACUCCACCGCCGGCGCCGGCUCCAGAAGAGGAAGGCUCAGCGCCCCGCGCUCUGGUGCUUAGCGACGCCAUCGAAGCCGCACUCAUGUCCAACGUCUCGGCUCCGUUCUCCGGGAAGAAAAACAAGAAGUCUAAGCAUAAAGUUUUGUUCGCCACCGGUAUACACCGCGCCGCAUAGAUUAUUAUUCACUUAUAAAUGACAUGCUUAAAUAUAGGUAUCUAUAAAAAUAUUAAAAAAAUAGAACAAUUGUAUUUGCCGUUUGUUGGAAACCUUCACUUGUGAGCAUUUUCCGCUUUUUCUUUUCCAAGUAAACGUUUAAUUUUUGCUUCAAAAUGAAUAAAGAUUCUUUAGUAACAGUUAAUGUAAUACUUAUUUAGUUAGAUCGGUAAUAAAUUGUGUUAUACUGUUUGCGAUUUUUUUUUAUUGUUUAGCUCGCUAAAGCGACAAGAACUAAGGCUUAUGCAACAAAUUAACUUAAAGUUAACAAAUCUUUCCUGUUCCCUGUCGAAUUAGUGAACUGGAAUUUUAACAAAGUUAUGUAGUGUAUGUUUACAUUAUAUUUGUACUUUUAUUCAAAAAACGUACAUGUACCGUGACGUCUAUUGAAAUAAAAAAAUGACAGGA